AUUUAGUUUCUGUUCGACCGCCUAACAGUAUGGGUGCCACACAAAAAUGUGAUCACGCAAAGUAAACGGACGCGUUAUGAGACAUGUAAGGAAGGGCUAACGUUUCUGCCGGCAUAAAAACACGUGAAAUAUGCAACGCCCGCAAGAGGCGCGUGAACUUGAAUGUGAUAUUAGAUGCCUCAUGCAUGAAGUCACUUAGGAAAAAUGCAAAAGUGAAUUAAAAAACUCAAAUAAAUACAGGCAAAGGAAUAAUCAAUAAUUUCGGAAUUUGUAUGUUACUCGUAUUACUCAUACAAAAUAAUUAACAAUAAGUAUUUGAAAAGGUGUUAAGUUAUUCCGUGUAAUUAAACGGUAUAUAUGUAGUUAUAUCCAUCAAAAUGCAUCUAAAAACAACUCUUCACGUUAUACUUGCCUGCACAUUCUUUGCAUUUUGUAUGGGCUCGGGAGAUAUAAUUCCAAAAUGUGCUUUCGAAGAUACUGUCGAUUUGACAAAGAGUCAAAAGUUCAAUAAUGGUUCCUAUUUGUAUGAAGAUAUUCUGAUAACUCCCGAUCAGAUCAAUAUCUAUGAUUAUGAAGAGAUUUAUCAGGGCAUUCGACUGCCAAGGGAACCACAUCCGCGAGCGUGUCUGUGCCAGGGACAACGAAGUUGUGUUCGCUUUUGUUGCCAUCCCGCCCGGGAACUUAUUGCCAACUAUAGUCGUCGAUGUUCCGGUGAAAUGUUGCAGAAAGAGCUGGAAUACGAUCCAUACAUAAAUGUGACGCUCAACAAUGGCUCAGUGGUGAGCAAACAUGUUACAAAAGAAUUUACUGUGAUCCAGGGUGUGCCCUGUGCUGGAGCCUAUGCUUUGGCGCCCCAAUACGAUGAGGAGGACAGUUGGGUUAUUUUCGAAAAUGGUACCCUGCUGCGACACUAUGACAUGGCUUAUCUAAGUAAAAGGGACUACUGCCUAUUGCCAAUGGAAUUGGAUACUGGGGAAUGGGUUUUGAAUCCCAUGAACUGUCCCAUUCUAAAUGAAGCCUCACUUUCAUUGCAGAUCAAUAAUAUCGCCAUGGCCGUGUCGGUUCCAUUUAUUAUUUUAACCAUUAUUGUUUAUGUUUUUAUACCGGAGCUACGCAAUCUGCAUGGCAAGUGUCUGAUUUCAUAUCUUUGUCCCCUGGCCGUUGGAUAUUCGAUUUUAAGUACCAUCUCACUAUCCGAAGUUGUAUUUCCCAAUCUGGUAUGCAGUUGUUUGGGUUAUGUUGCAUAUUUUUGUUUCAUGAGUGCCUUCUUUUGGCUGAGUGUGAUUAGUUUCGAUUUAUGGCAAAAUUUCCGCCUAACCGGUUCCAUGCGUUUUGGCCAGCGUAAACGUUUUUGCUUAUAUUCCAUCUAUGCCUGGGGCAUACCAGCAUGUCUGACGCUUAUAGUUAUAGCCUUGCAGAAUUCCAACAUGAAUGAAUUGUAUAAACCCGGCAUUGGAGACAAUUAUUGUUGGCUGAAAACCAACGAUUGGUCUGCCAUGAUGUACUUCUUUGGGAUCAAUCUAAUAAUUGUACUUAUCGACAUAACCUUUUUCACCAUGACCUAUUUCAAGAUCACGGUAAUGCAAAGGGACAUUGACAAAAUUAUUCGAAACGAUACGAUUGAAGGAAGACACCAGCUGAGGACACACAAGAACAAUUUUGGUCUAUUUUUGCGUUUGUUCCUCAUCAUGGGUGUCUCUUGGCUACUGGAUAUUGUUUCGUACAUUGAGACCAUAGUCUAUCCCAAUGACAUUAAUCCCAUCUAUUAUGUUUCGGAUUUUAUGAAUGCCAUCUUGGGUCUGCUCAUCUUUGUUUGUUUUGUUCUAAAGCCCAAGGUUUUGUCGUUAAUCAAAAAGAGAUUUUAUGGUAAGCCAGAUGAAACUGACAACUCUACCCAUUCUGAAUCCGAGGAAGAGGAAAUCUCUUUGAAUAUUAUUGGCUCAGAUGUCAGCAAACAAAGGGAGGCGCUCAAAUGAGACCAAUGGUAAAACGGACCACAACAUCGCAACUCAGCCUAACGAACAUCAAGAUGACUCCAAUUCCGACACGUUGUUCGAACAUGCAAAGCUGAAUUGCCAAUUCCAUAGCAUAUUCAUAUGUCGAAUAAAACCUUCGCCCUGCCAAAAAGCUCUAAUGUAAACAUACUAUUAUUUAUACAAAAUUCAAUUAUUCAUUAAAUUAUUAAAAUAUUCGCGUUAAAUUACACUGCGACAAAAUUUUUUUUUAAUAAUUACAGAAAAAAUCGCGAGUGGAUUAUGAAAGCAGCGGUGAAAAUAGAAAAACUCGUGUAUGAUGAUCAAGAAACUAAUCCUUAAAUGUUUAUAUGUAAUAUUGCCGAAUACCUAAAUUGUAAGGACUCCAAGGAAGCUUGAUGUGAAAAUUUCAAAAAUGUAGAAGAUGUUGAUGAUAUUUGCCUCCUCUAUUUAGGUUGCUUAGCGAUGUUACCAUUUAAAGCUCUGAUACACGUGUCUUCCAUUCUUAACUCUGCUUUCAUAAUCUGCUUAAUUUUUCCCGUAAUUAUUGAAAACAUUUAAAUCUGUUUCACAGUGUAAUUGUUUGGAAAAUAGACAUACACUAAUAUUAACAAAAGUAUUAUGACAGCUGUAAGUGUGCUUGUAUGAACGUAUUUGCAACCUGCAACAUAGUGUAUUACUGUAAGGUGUAGUGACAAUAGAAGAUUAUUUUUUUACUGUUUUGUAAAAUAAAAUUAAACGACUUUAAAACCAAAAUUUUUUUUUGUUCUAUGUAAGUGAAAGAUGCCUAAAAUAAUUGGGCUUUUUAACGAAAUUAUUACAAAAUUACAAUGAAUAAAUUAAGACAUAUGUUUUGAGAAAGAAAUGGAUUUGUAUUAAAAAUCCUGGAACGGACCCCAUGCAAUUCUACAAAAAUCAUCACUUAUACCUCUUUAUAUAGAUUAUAUAUAAGUUUGUAGCAUUUAUUUUUACUUAAUUUAUUUGUAGAAUAGUUUGUAAUUUCAAUAAAUCAACAUUACGUUUUUUACAAAAAU